CGGCUUCCGUCUACCCGCGGCACACCAUUAUCUGCGCAACAGGCGACGCGGCGGAGGCGAGAGGCGCAAAAGUGCGUGCGCUGCGGACGGAACGCGACGACUGCGGAACUUAACUUUUCCCGAAAGCACCGGCGAACGAGCUGCGCGGACAUGAGCCUGUACGGCUCCACUUCCAAGCUGGCCGCCAUGGGCCAGAGGAGCAACUCCCGGCCCGACCUGGCGAGCCCGGGCUACAGGAACGACGUGUUCGUCGGCGGAAACGGCUUCCAGGGGGACUACCCGGCGGCCGACGGCGGAUACAGCUACUCCACCAGCUUCUCCAGGCACACCGUGCACGGCGGGGGCGGCGGCGGGCAGAAGGUCCAGGUCAGCAUGGGCGGCGGAGGCGGCGGAAUGAGUGUACAGGCUAUUCAGCAGAAAGCUUCAUUCCUGAGUGGCCAGUGCUACGAGUACCUACAGAAAGCAAUGAUGAUUCUCCAAAAUGGAGGUCCAGCUGUGGAGGUUGAAAGCCUGUUGGCCAUGGCUGCAGAAACCAUGGAGCAUCUGAAGGUGGUCGGCCGAGACAUGCAGCAAAUGCGGAUCCCUAAUGAUGUCUUCAGGAGUUUAGACCAGUUCCAGAACAUGCACGCUGCCAUACAACAGCAACAGCAACAGCAACUUGUCAGCAGCGGCAUGACCAUAAGACGCAACAGGGGCAGCAUCGGCUCGUCUGAUGGCGGCAGGCUCUUUAAUGAUGCCAUAGGCUGGAUCACCCAGCAGAAGCGUAUGAUCGAGACGGGGCAGUGGGGAGACGACCCCGAGGCUAUAGUCAAGCAAAUCGACAACCACAAGAGGUACCACAGCUCUAUCCAGAGGAACCAGGAGGUGGAGCGCGCCAGGGAUGAACUGGCCAGCAGGGGAGACAAGUACAACCUCUCAUUGCUGGAUCAAGAAUGGGACAGCCUGCAGAAAAUGUCCCACAGCCGCAUGAGUCAGCUGCGUGACCUCCAGAUCACCCUCGAGGAGAUCUCCCGGGCUAUAAUGUGGGUGAACGAGCGCGAGGAGGAGGAGCUCGUGUUCGACUGGGGAGACAAGAACAUCGACCAGUAUAUCCCCAAGAAGCAGGAGAGCUACUCGAGGCUGAUGAGGGACCUGGAGGAGAAGGAGAAGGAGCUGAACAAGCUGAAGGCGAAGGUCGAAGGGCAACUGAGCAGCAACCACCCUGCGUCGGAUAAGAUCGAGGCUUAUAUGGACACUCUGCAGACCCAGUGGAGCUGGCUCCUCCAGAUCACAAAGUGCAUCCACGUCCACCUGAAGGAGAACGCCGCCUACAGCCAGUUUUUCAAGGAGGCGAAUGAGACCUAUUCAAACCUGCAGAAGCAGCACGAGAGCAUCCGCAGCAGGUUCGCCUGCGACAAGAGCACCUCGCUGGACAAUCUCACCGAGCUCCUGAAAAACUUAGAGAAAGAGCGGGAGCGCAUCAUGGAGAACAAGAGGCAAGUCAACAGUCUGGUCAACAAGUCCAAGUCCAUCGUCCGACUGAAGCCUCGCAACCCUGAGGAGAAGACGAGCGGCCCUGUCAGGGUCGAGGCCCUGUGUGACUUCAAACAGGAUCAGAAAGGUAUUCUGAAAGGGGACGAGGGCAUCCUGAAGGACAACACCCAGCGCAGCAGGUGGCUCGUGACCGGACCCGGAGGCCUGGACAUGCUGAUCCCCUCCGUGUGUCUGCUCGUGCCCCCGCCGAACCCGCUGACCGUCGGCCUCGCCUCCAAGAAUGCGCAGUAUUACGAAGCCAUCAUGGACAUCUGGAAUCAGCUCUACAUCAACAUCAAGAGCCUCAUGUCGUGGCAGUAUUGCCUCAAAGACAUUAACUACGUCAACUCCCUCACUGUCUCCAUGCUGUCUAAGAUGCGUCCUGAAGAGUAUCGCAGCAUCAUCAAAAGACUGGAGACACACUACCAGGAGUUCCUGCGAACCAGCCAAGGCUCUGAGCUGUUUGGAGAAGAUGACAAGAAAGCCAUCCAGGGUCACGUCGACCAAGCCCAGAACCACUAUGAUACACUGAUUGUCCAGCUGCCUACAUACUCCAAUAAAGUGGAUGUGGUGGUGCAAGACGUGGAGCCUGGAAUUGUACAAACCGAUUCCAAGACUUCAAUUCAGAAGAUCACCAAGAGCACAGUCACCAAGGUCUCCAGCAGCCAACUUCCACCCACGUCUCCACCCACUCCCACCAUCAACCUCACGCUCCUCAGUAGUCUGCAAGAAAUCCGACGCAGGCUGGAGCUGGCGGAGUCCGGUCUCACCGACCAUCUCCAUGUCCCGCUGGGGGAAAACAGUGUGCACGAGUGCACAGUGCACAUCCAGAGGCUGCAGAAUGUGCAUCAAGAUUUGGACUCUAUUCACGACGAGUACCUGCGCCUGCGAGAAAAAAUCAUCAAGCAACUGGAAGGGCUGCCGCCUGACUCUGAGCAAGCCAGGUUCCUGCGAUCUGAACUGGAAAUCAUCAACCAGAAACUCGGAGGCCUGCAGGGGCUCUACUCAGCGUAUUCCAAGAGACUCUCAUCUCUUCAGGCUCUGCUUCAGAGUCUUCUUCAGGCCGAGGAUAUUGUUAAAGUGUAUGAGGCACGGCUGACUGAGAAGGAGACCACUUCUCUGGACCUUCGGGAGGUGGAGAAUUAUCGGAGCACACUGAAGCAAAUGAAGGCUGAUCUGGACGUAAAAAGAGACUUGCUGACAGCUAUGGAGUCAAAUCUGGCUAAAACCAUGCAGUGGAACGAUCAAAUCUCUGACUCCUUCCACAAGUGCGAUGUGGACUUGUCCAGAUACUCAGAACAAGUAAAUCAGAUGUCUGACCGCUGGCGCCGCAUCCAAAACCAGAUUGAUAGCAGAAUGUGGGAAUUAGAGAAGCAAGAGCAACAGCUGAAGCAUUACCAGCAGAGCAGCGCUUCCUUGGAACAGUGGAUAAACAAUGCCAGGAAGCGCCAGGACACGCUCCAGACGGCAAAGCUCAGCGACAUCCCCACCCUCAUGGAUCACCUCAACCAACAGAAGACGCUUCACACUGAAAUUAAAGGAAAGAAGGACAAAGUAGAGGAUGUGCAGAAAACUGCAGACACCUGUGCUGCGUCCGUAAAGGACUACGAGCUGCAGCUGGCGUCCUACAGUUCAGGCCUGGAAACUCUGCUUAAUAUUCCCAUUAAGAGAACAAUGCUGCAGUCUCCAGCUUCUGUGGUCAGACAAGAGGCGGCUGAUCUCCAGUCCCGCUACAUAGAACUGCUUACUCGCUCUAGUGACUACUACAAGUUCCUAGGAGAGCUGCUCAAGAAUAUGGAAGAGAUGAAAAUCAGGAACACAAAGAUUGAGGUGCUGGAGGACGAACUCCGGCGCCUGAAGGAGGACCUCCUGGACCGUAAUCAGAAAAAUAAGUCCCUGGAAGACAGUCUGGCCCGCUUCAGGUUGGAGCUCACUCAGUCAAAGGACCAGCUCAUUUCUAUGGAGGAAGUAAAGAGAACCACAGCGAUGCAAGCCAGUGCAGCCAGGGAGAACCUGGACAGCACACAAAGCCAGCUUCAAGAUCUGAACGACCAGCUGACCCGCAUUAGAUACCAACUGGAGGAGGAGAAGAGGAAGAGGAGGCUGGCAGAGGAGCGCUACAGCAGUCAGCAGGAAGAGUAUGAGGGGGCUGUUCGGCGCAGACAGAAGGAGCUGGAGGAGCUUAACUGGACAAAGAUUGACUUGGAAAAGUCUGUGAAGGACAAGGAACGCGAGCUGGAGAGGAUGAAGAUACUGCUAGAGGAGGAGGCAGCACGCCGGCGAAAUGCUGAAACGGAAAUCUCAAAGGUAAGAACACAGUGCAACCAGGAAAUUAACCAGCUUAAGCAGACAUAUGAGACAGAGAUCCACGUCACCAAGACCACCGUCCUGAAAACCACGCAGCAGAAGGAGGAGGACACGGCCGAGCUGAGAAUGCAGGUCGACAGACUCACUGCUGAGAAGAGAGACCUAGAAGAGGAGCUGAGGAGACUGAGGCAGUCCAUUGCUCACGCCGAAGAGCAAAAGAGCAGAGCAGAGCAGGAGGCCAGUCAGCAGAGGGCAUCGGUGACAAAAGAAACCAGGGUGCGCAGUGAGCUGGAAGUGCAGCUGAGAACGCUCAUACAGCAGAAAGGAGAAGAGGAGCUCCAACUCAAGGAGGCCGUCCGAAACAAUCAGGAAAAGUCCCGGCAGGUCAGCUCCCUAACCUUUAACCUGGAGGAGGAGGUGAAGAAGAGGAGGGCUCUGGAAACGGAAGUCGGCCACCUGAAACAGGCCGAGGCAGAGCUUAAAGCAAAGAACAGCGCUUACCUGGAGGCAGUGAACAAGCUCAAGGUGUCUGAGCAGGACAUCCGGACCACCCGAGUGGAGCUGGAGAGGCAAACCAGUGAGAAAAUGAAGGCCGAGCAGAGUUCCACCAGGCUGCAGAGCCGCGUCCGGGAGCUCCAGUGUUCCCUCGACGGCGUGGAGGCGGAGUUGGAGAAGCAAAAGAAAGCCACCCAGGAGGAGUUCACGCGUAGAAAGAGAAUAGAGGCAGAGUUGGAGAGGGUGACAAAUACCUGCAGAGAGCACACGACCACCAUCAGCACACUGAAAUCGGUUCAGCUGGAGGCUUCCAGCUCAGGAAGGAAGUACGAGCAGGACAUCAAGGGCCUCCAGGAGGCCUUGGACAGGAGCCUGAGGGAUCAUAAUGUCACCAAAGAAGAACUGGCAGCUGUAACAGCUGAGCUGAGGAACCUAAAGCAGAAGCUCCAGCAGGAACAGGCCAAAACCUAUGAGCUAAAUCAGCGCAAUGAAAGUCUGUAUAAGACCAUUGAAGACAAGAGCCGGCAGCUUAAUGACUACACAACAGAGAUCGAAAAGCUAAAGACUCUGACGCAGAACCUGACAAAGGAGAGACUAAGGCUGGAGGAGGAGCUGAGGACAGUUAGGCAGGAGAGAGACGAGCUGAAGCUUAGCAGAGACGCUGUUGAUGGGGAGAGUGCCACUCAGAUCUCAGCCUUGCAUGUGCAGCUUCAGAAUAGCAGCAAGAGGACAGCAGAGCUCCAGGGUCUCAUCGGGGACCUGACCAAGGAGAGAGAAAAACUUAAGUUGGAACUAGACAAAUUCCAAAAGCAAUCCCUCGAGACAUCCAUCAUGGUGCACGAGUCCCAAAGCAAGUACAGCGACCUGCUGCUGGAGAAGGACAGUUUGCUGUCGAAGCUGAAACUGCUGGAGCAAGACAAGCUCCGCCAGCAGCGUCUGGAGGAGGAGCUCACCCGCGUCAAGCUCAUGCUGGACUCGGAGCUCCGCAACAAGCAGCGGCUGCAGGACGAAAAGAAUUCCGUCCUCAAGGAGUUCAACUACAUGAAGAGCCAGUAUGAGAUACGCGAGAGCCAGAUCAAGCAGGGUGAGUCGGACAGAGACAAGGCCGACCGCGAACGGCUCUCUCUGAAAAAUGAGAUCGAGAGGCUCGUGAGGGAGCUGAAGAGCGUUGAGGAGCGGUACAAAAGCCGGCUGAUGAUGUCUGAAAAGGAGGUGUCGGAGCUGGCCCUCAAGCGAGAAGCCCUGGAGAGGGAGAUACAGAGGCUGCAGCAGAGGCCCAGCAGUCUGACCCGACAGACCCAGACGGAUGAGAAGGUUCCAGCAAUUGAUCCGUCCAAGCUGGUGUUUGAUGCGGUGCGCCGCAAGGUCACCGCUCACCAGCUUUGCGACUGUGGCAUAAUCAGUAAAACCACUUUAGACCAGCUUCUAAAGGGACAGAAGACGGUCAAUGAGGUCGCUGUGGACAUCCAACUUAGUCUGAAGGGCACCGGCGUCAUUGCCGGCAUGACAACAGGCUCGGGGAAAAUCCCCUUCACCGAAGCCAAAAACAAGAACCUCCUCAGCCCAGAGUGUGCCCUCGCGCUUCUGGAAGCUCAAGCAGCAACAGGCUACAUAGUGGACCCUGCGUUUAAUGAAAAGAUGCCCGUGGAUACCGCCUGUUCCCGAGGAAUCGUAGACACAGUAGACAGAGACGCCCUGUUGACAGCUGAAGCAGCCAGCACAGGCUUCAAGGAUCCAUACACUGGCAAGGUGUUAUCUGUGGGGCAGGCGUGCAAACAGGGUCGCGUAAACAGAGACACAGCCGUCCGCUUGCUACAAGCUCAGGAGGCCGUUGGAGGCAUACUGGAUCCUGUUCUCGGCGUGUUCCUUCCCAAAGAUCUGGCCUUGGAUCGCAAUCUUAUUGACGAGGACCUCUACAGGGCUUUGAACAAAAAGCCCCCCUGCUACCAGGAUCCAGCGACAGGAGAGAAGCUAAGCUAUAACGACCUGAGGAAGAAGUGCUCAGUGGACCCGGUUAACGGCCUGCUCCUGCUCCGUGGCCCAGAAAAAUCCACGACCAUUAAAGGCCUGCGUGGGGAGGUCUCCGUGGAGGAGCUCGUCAAGUCUGAGCUGCUGAAUGAAAUGGACUUGCAGAAGUUCAACCAGGGCCGACUCACUAGCCAAGAAAUAGAAACCAAGUUGAAGUCCUACCUGUACGGCUCGACCUGCAUUGCAGGUAUUUACGAUGAGGCCAAUGACAGAAUCAUGCCUUUCUAUCAAGCAAUGAAGGAAGGUCUUCUCAUGAGAGGCACCACCUUGGAGCUCCUCGAGGCCCAGGCGGCGUCCGGCUUUGUUGUUGAUCCAGUCAACAAUGUCUUCUUGACAGUGGAGGAAGCCACCAAGCGAGGCCUCAUAGGGAAAGAGUUUAAGAACAAACUGUUGUCUGCAGAGAAGGCGGUAACUGGAUACACAGAUCCAGCCACCGGAAAAACAAUCUCCCUCUUCCAGGCCAUUGAGAAGGACCUUAUUGAGAAGGGCCAUGGAAUCCGCCUGCUUGAGGCCCAGAUUGCCAGUGGCGGGAUUAUCGACCCCAAGGAGAGCCACCGAAUUGAUGUCAACGUUGCCUAUAAGAGAGGAUAUUUUGAUGAAAAGAUGAAUGAGAUCCUCACUUAUGAAGGGGAUGACACGAAAGGUUUCUUUGACCCUAACACCAAAGACAACCUGACAUAUCUUCAGCUGAAAGAAAGAUGCAUCUCAGAUCCCAAAACAGGUCUGGUGCUUCUGCCACUCAAAGACAAGAGGAAACCCCAGAAGACACAGGACAGCCGCACCAAUGUGCUCCGCAAGAGGCGGGUCGUGAUCGUCGACCCGGACACUGGACUGGAGAUGUCCGUGAGAGAGGCCUAUCACCGGGAGCUAAUUGACUACGACACCUUCCUGGACUUGUCAGAGCAGGAGUGUGAAUGGGAGGAAAUAACUAUCAAGGGGUCCGACGGCUCUUCACGUUUGGUGAUAGUGGAUAGGAAAACCGGGACCCAGUACGACAUCAAGGAAUGCCUGCAGAACGGCGUCAUUGACCAGAAGACUUUGGAUCAGUAUCGUGCUGGAAAUCUGACUUUGCCCCAGUUGGCGGAUCAGAUUACCAGCAGAACCAGCAGCACUGAGAUGAGCAUCGCAGCCAGCACUGUGGACGACAUGGUGACCUGCAGCAGCCCCACUCAGGCUACACCAUCCUCCCCCACUGUCCGUAAACGCAUCAGCAGUAUCUCCAUCACCGUCUCCCCCCCUGAGAUGUUUGACGAUCACAGCCCUGUUGGGGCCAUAUUUGACACGGAGACCCUGGAAAAAAUAACCAUCUCUGAAGGGCUGCGAAGAGGUAUAGUUGAUAAUCUUACCGGGCAGAGGCUGUUGGAGGCUCAAACUUGCACAGGGGGCAUUAUCAACCCUGCUACUGGUGAGAGACUCUCACUUCAAGAUGCCGUCCAUCACAGCAUCAUUGAUGAUAGUAUGGCGACCAAGCUGAAACCGGCCCAGAAAGCCUACCUUGGAUUUGAAGACAUGAAAACAAAAAGAAAGAUGUCUGCAGCAGAGGCAGUGAAGGAGUCAUGGCUGCCGUACGAUGCAGGGCAGAGGUUUUUGGAGUUUCAGUACCUGACCGGAGGCCUGGUUGAGCCCGGCUCUGGGCGCCGCAUCAGCAUCGAAGAAGCUAUUCGUAGAGGGUGGCUAGAUGGGCAAGGGGCCCAGAAGCUCCAGGACACACGCAGCCACCAGAAGAACCUGACCUGUCCCAAAACAAAGCUGAAGAUCUCCUACAAGGAAGCGAUGGACAGCUGCAUGGUGGAGGAAAGCAAUGGUAUGAAAAUGCUGCAGGCCUCCUCAGUGUCCACAAAGGGCAUCAGCAGCCCUUACAACGUGUCCAACCCAGGGUCCCGCUCCGGGUCCAGAUCUGGUUCCCGCGCUGGCUCCAGGAGUGGAUCACGUAGAGGCAGCGUGGAUUACUCCUCCACCUUCACCUACAGCUUCUCCUCCAGCUCAUACAGCUCCAACAAUUUAUCAUAGAGCACAGCUUACAAAGAAUAAACCGAGGCUAGAGCAGCAUUGUUUUAACUACUUGCUUUACUAUAAUGUUUUUUCUGCUACAUAUAAAAUGUUGGGGAAAUUAUCAUAUUCUAAUUCUGAAUUUGUUGUAGUGAUUUACAUGUUUUUGGUUAUUUAGUUGGUGUUUUAAAUAAAUUGAAUCUAUGCAUUUUGAUUGAGUUUAGUUGUCAUAUCGAUGAAUUUACUUUGUUUUUAGCAUUUAACAUUUUGUUAUAUUAAAAUAUGCUUCUGCAUGCACUCAGUUUUAAUAUUGUUUUGUUAUUGUUGGUGUAUUGCAUCUUGAUACAGUUUUCUUGCAGCUUUUACAAAAAAAAGCAUUCUGAAAGAUUUGAAUUAAAAUAUUUGACUAUUCUUUGCUAUGAAAGUAUUAAUCAUUACAAAUAAAAAAUAAAUGCCCUAAUGCUUUGA